AUGGAUGCGUACAGUUGCCUGAUUGGCGAAAUCAAGGUUGUCGAACAGCAAACGGAAGAUCGGAUCACGUUGGAUCAUCGACGAGACAGUCUGAUCCUAUUGGUUUAUGUGAUUCUCCUUGUGCUCUCAGUCAUUACCAUAUGGACUUUCAAGCACCGACGAUUCCGAUACUUUCAUGAGACCGGUCUUUCGGUUAUUUACGGCUUGAUUGUGGGCAUCGCACUCCGGUACGGAAUGAAACCGAACCCACCGUCUGUCGAGUAUCACGACCUGCCACGUAUGGUCAAUGCGAGCUGUGAGAGCCGUUUACCACCGGAAAAAAUUAUCGCCCGAAUGCCGGUUCGCGAUCCGGUCACCAAUGUGACAUUCAAUAUGGCAUUUCAAUACGGGUUUGAACAACUAUCAUCCGCAGAUGUCCCAUUCAAUUACAAAGCCACUUUCAAUCCGGAAAUAUUUUUCAAUGUCCUACUUCCUCCAAUCAUAUUCACAGCCGGUUACAGUAUGAAGCGCCGACACUUUUUCGAAAAUAUUGGCGCCAUAUUGACCUACGCCUUCUUUGGGACACUGUUGUCAGCCCUGACGGUUGGGUAUGUCUGCCCCAGUUCUGUUCCUUUAUGA